UACAACUUAUUUCACAUGUGGUCAGUGGAUUAAUGUUAUUGAUGGUUGUUAUCAAUUCCAUAUUUAUGCAUAGCCCACCCAAAUACAAUUCCUGUCCUGAUCUAAACAUCAAUAACUCAAACAUGUGACAGUCCUAAGUUUUGUUGAACAGCAUUUUGGGUUUGGGCUUCUUUAAAGUGGGGGGAUAAUAAGAGUGAAUAAAGGAUUUUUUUCUUUAUGGAACUUAUUUUUGUAUUGAACUCUAUUCAAUAAAAAAAUAAAAUAAAAUAAAAUAAAUUAUAUGCAAAAUUCCAAAUGUCCGACAGUCCUUGAAGGCAGCACGUUCCAAACGUCUCCGUGCUGUGAGAUUCUUUUUUUCCCACAUCGCCUGAACGCAGCGCGAUAAAGAGUCCCCGCCUCCCCGGUGCUUUGACGUCACCUGCGUCCGUCUCCGCACAUGGACGGAGAAGUGUAGCAGCUCCGCUCCCUCUCCGCCCUCCUCCUCCUCCUCCUCCUCCUCCCUCCCUCCUCCAAGCUAUUAGCCAGCCAGCCUCGACGACAGACAGCCAGCCGCUCACCGUCCUGCUGCUGCGCGGAGUUCCCGUCUUCUCCCUCCGAGCCCCCGGCGUCGUUUUUCCCCGUUUUGCGAGGAUAAUAUCCACGGGCCGGCUUGCGAGUUCGGUCGCGUCUUUUUCGGGGGGAAAUAUUCUGUCUUUUGCGAGCUUUGUUCUCCAAUUGCCCUUGAAGACAUAUGGAGAAAAUGGCCAGACCUCUUCCUAUUAACCCAACUUUCCUGCCGCCGACUCACGGCGUACUGAAAUCCCUGCUGGAAAAUCCUCUGAAGCUGCCUUUCCAUCACGAUGAAGGAUUUGGGAAAGACAAGGAGAAAGAGAAGAAGCUGGACGAUGAGAGCGGCGUGGCCAACCACCCACAGUCGGCCUUCCUCGGCCCGACCCUGUGGGACAAGACCCUGCCCUACGAUGGGUUAGGACAGGUCCUGGACAACUUUCAGCUGGAGUACAUGGACCUGGAGGAGUUCCUAUCAGAGAACGGCAUCCCCGCCAACACAGCGCAGGCUGCCGAGCAGGCCCCUCAGGCAGCGCAGCCGCCGCAGACCCCUCUGCAGCAGGCGCCGCCCCCAGCCCCGCCCACGCCCUCUGUGGUGGACCUCAGCAGCCGCGCCACCACCUCGGUUCACACGGCCAUGGCGCCUCAGACCUGCCUCCGCAGCCCCAGCACAGCAGCUGUGCCCUCAUCCCGAGACACCCCCAGCCCCAUCGAUCCAGAGUCCAUUCAGGUGCCGAUGGCCUAUGAACCCGACCCGGCGGACCUGGCUCUGUCCAGCGUGCCCGGCCAGGAAAUGUUCGACCCCAGGAAACGUAAAUUCUCAGCCGAGGAGCUGAAGCCGCAGCCCAUGAUCAAAAAAGCCCGCAAGGUCUUCAUCCCCGAGGACCUGAAGGACGACAGGUACUGGGCGCGGCGCAGAAAGAACAACGUGGCAGCCAAGAGGUCACGAGACGCCCGGCGGCUGAAGGAGAACCAGAUCGCCAUCCGGGCCGGCUUCCUGGAGAAGGAGAACGCCGCUCUCCGCAUGGAGGUAGCGGACUUGAGGAAGGAGCUGGGUCGCUGCAAGAACAUUGUGGCUAAAUACGAGGCCCGACACGGGCCCCUGUGAGCCCCAAACCCGCCCCACCGGCCCCCCCCCCCCCCCCCCCCC